ACCCGUUUUCGUUGCGCUUGUUAGCUGAUUAAAUUAUUAUUAUGCAACAGUUCCUUUGUUGGAUUUGAUUCUCAGAUUAGUGUUUUUGUUGCGUUUGAUGGUUAGUUCCUAUAACUGCAGUUUUUGAAGAAGAUGCCACCGGUUUGGAAGCUGCGCAAAAGGGAGUCCCUGGGCGGGGCGUUCGGGUCUUCAGGCACGUCAGUUCAAGACCAGGGAGCCGAGAGACGUGAAGGGGGCAAGCGUGGCCGCAGACCUGGCCGGAAAGCAUUAUUGGAAAAGCAAGAUAUGAAAGCAAAACUGGAAAGAAGCAGACAGUCGGCUCGCGAAUGCCGUGCUCGGAAGAAGUUGCGCUACCAAUAUCUAGAGGAACUCGUGGCAGACCGCGAACGCUCCGUUCUAUCACUGAGAAAAGAACUCGAGAAAUACUAUCAAUGGAACAAAGAGCUCGACCAGGGACGGAUUCCAGAAGGAAUCGAAGACCUGCUUCGAGAGAUGGGAGUGAAGCAGGAGGAGCCCCAGCCUUUCUGAAGAUAUAAUUUUGAAGGUAACUUACAAUUUAAGUUCCACUUAUCCGGGUAAUAUGUUUUAUUUAAACCAAAAAUUUUAUAUUUAUUACCUGCAUAGUGUCCAGAUUUUUUUGAAAAUAUAAGUCAGUCUUGUUCAGCCACACACCU